AUGCUGCCUCAUUCACUCGCUUUCGCUCUUAUUCUCUUUCUUUCCACCUUUUUCGUUAAUGUCUCUGCAACAAAUAAUAAGCUCCCAAAAGGUUUCAGCAUCGACCUCAUUCAUCGUGACUUGCCAUUAUCACCGUUCUUCAACUCCUCCAUGACCCACUCGGAGCGAGCUCAGAACGUCGCGCCGCGCUCCCUAUCCAGAGCUAAUCGCUUUGAGAGGUGGGCACUUGCAGACACCGGAAGCGACCUUAUUUGGUUCCAGCGUUCGCCUUGUCCUCAGUGCUAUCCUCAGAACGCGCCCUUCUUAUGUGGCUCAGACCCUUGCAAAGCUCUGCCCCCAGUCAACGUGCAAGGCCAACUGUAUCCUAAAUGUGGAACAUCAAAUGAGUGUGCGUAUUUUUAUUCGUAUAGGGAUAAGUCAUACACCAUGGGAGAACUGAGCGCAGAAUCAGUUAGUUUCGGCCAAGCUGCUUCGUUUCCUAAGACGGUGUUUGGGUGUGGACACAACAACGGAGGAUCCAACAUGAACAACGCAGGACUUGUUGGGCUUGGUCAAGGUUCUUUGUCGUUAGUUUCACAAAUGGGUAACGUUGGUCGUAAAUUCUCCUAUUGCCUGCCUCCUCACAGUUCAAAGACCACAACUAAACUAAGGUUUGGGGAAGAAGCAUCCAUCUCAGGAAAUGGGGUUGUGUCCACUCCGUUGAUCACAACCUGA